AUGGACACGCCAGAUAGGAACCAGAUCAGUGCUACCCUCUCUAAGUUUGAGGAUUCACCUGUUUUCAACUAUAUCAACAGUUUGUCUCCUAUAAAGCCAGUUAAGUCUGUUCCCAUUAGUCAGACUUUCAAUUCACUGAGCUUUUCGUCUCCUCCAUCUGUUUUCACGUCACCCCAUGUCAGCUGUCUCAAGGAAUCUAGAUUCCUCAGAAGACACAUCCCGGUGGCCACAUCAAAGCCUAAGGUUUCUUCUGAAGAUGUAAAUAAAGUUCACACGAGUGAAGAGACUCUUGCUGAUUCCACACGUGCACAUCAUAACCCAAGUAAAUUGCAGGAAAACACUGGUAAAGGGAUUUCUGUAGGAGAUGCUUCUGUCGAGUUAUCUAGCGAGCACAUCAAAUUCUCAGUUGAGCAACCACAAGCUUUAAACUACAAUAAUUGUGGGAGCCCUGGCUAUGAUCCCCCACUCUGUGGUGACGAGGAUAACACUCUUUUGGAACUGCCCGGUGAGGCAGCACCGGGUGCUGGCUACGUUCAGGAAAAGUGUAAAACUGAUUCAGUCGAGGGUGAAGUGCAUCUUCAGGAAAUAUGUCAAAUGGAGCCAAAGAGUGAAGGUUCAGACUGCUAUUGGGAUAGUUUAAUUCCUGAUGGCCUUGAUAUGCUCAUUUUUAAUUCCCCAGGUGAAGCAGAAGCUUUAAAGGGUUUAAUGCACAAACCAUCGGACUCUUCUAAACGACUGAGCGAUUUUAUGUCUUUACUACCACUUUCUACCAUCCAUAAUGGUAGAAAGAUGCACAUUGUUGAUUCGGUUGCUUCAGGUUCUGAGCACGAAAUUGGAGAUCACUGUUCUGAGCCAACGAUAACAGCCACGAACACGGACCAAACACAGGAUAAUCUCGCCAAUGUUGCUUUGGUGACUAGCAAUUCAAAUGAGAACGCAAAUGAUCAGCUUGUUUCUGUCACGCACCGUGCCAUACGGAGGCGAUGUCUAGACUUUGAGAUGGUCAAUGUGCAAAGGAAGAACACUGAUGAUAAUUCAAACCCCGGUUCAAGUGCAUCCGAGUCUGAUGAGAGGAAUGUAGCCAAUGAUAAGCAACUGCUUCCCGCAAAACGAAAUGGGAAUUUUCAGAGGGGAAUUUUGCCAGGAAUUGGUCUACACUUGAAUGCACUUGCUGCCUUAAAAGAAUACAAGGGCAUACAAAUUGAAAGUUUGUCUUCUGGAAGACAACUCAGUCUGCCCAGCUCUACAUCUUUGCAAAUCUCUACAUCUUUGCAAAUCUCUACAUUCCAAGAACACCAGCAUCUAGCGUUGGUACCUGUAUCAUCUGAAAGAGAAUUGGAUCCAUCGGACAAUGGGCUUCUGCCUGCCGAAGAUUGUUCCCAGCCAUCAGUUUACAUGACUGGUGAAGACUUCAAUAUGAAUAGCCCCAGAAAGAAAAAGCAAGUGCAGCGUAAGGUGGAGACACCUGGGGAAACUGAGGGCUGUAAACGCUGCAAUUGCAAGAAGUCAAAGUGUUUGAAGCUCUAUUGCGAGUGCUUUGCUGCUGGUGUCUACUGCAUAGAGCCCUGCUCCUGUCAGGAUUGCUUCAACAAACCUGUUCAUGAAGACACUGUUCUUCAAACUCGCAAGCAGAUUGAAUCUCGUAACCCUCUUGCAUUUGCUCCUAAAGUCAUCAGAAAUUCUGAUUCUGUACCUGAGAUUGGGGAUGACCCAAAUAAAACUCCAGCUUCAGCACGACACAAAAGAGGAUGCAACUGCAAAAAGUCAAGCUGCCUAAAGAAAUAUUGUGAAUGUUAUCAGGGUGGCGUUGGUUGCUCUAUCAGCUGUAGAUGUGAAGGGUGCAAGAAUGCUUUCGGUAGAAAAGAUGGUUCUGCUCCUGUAGGGAUAGAAACUGAGCCAGAAGAAACAGAAGCAUCUGGCAAGGGUGUGGCACAAAAAGCUUUACAGAAAACUGAAAUUCAGAGCACUGAAGAUCAUCCGGAUUCUGCUACAGUGUCGACCCCAUUACGACUUUCCAGGCCAUUGCUUCCGUUGCCCUUUUCGUCAAAGGGAAAGCCACCAAGAUCUUUUGUUACCACCAUCUCAGGCUCUGCAUUAUUUGCCACCAGCCAAAAGCUUGGGAAACCAAACUCUCUUUGGUCUCAAUCUAAGCAUUUUCAAACUGUCCCAGAUGACGAAAUGUCAGAUAUUCUCCUCGGUGAUACCUCUCCUAUCACAUGCAUCAAAACUUCUUCUCCAAAUGGCAAGAGGAUCUCCUCUCCUAACUGUGACUUGGGAUCAUCUCCUAGUCGCAGAGGAGGCAGGAAGUUGAUAUUACAAUCCAUUCCCUCAUUUCCUUCUCUCACCCCUCACCCUUAG